AUGGCAAACACUUCCGCGGUGGCAUUGAAUUCGCUUUCUAUUUACUCUAAAGGUCUUCCAGCGUUUGCUGAGCAAUCCACAUGCGCCAACCCGUAUUGGCCCAUAAGUUCAAAUCUCUUGCCACAGAUGUCGUCCUCGGCUCGACCGCCCAACGAGGGAAACUCCGAAGGAAUUGUCCAAGAUGAAAUUCAGGCCCUUGUUGAACGUAUCGACGACAGCAUCUUCGAAUGGCAUUCAGACGAUGGCUCGAACCAUACCAUCGAUACUGAAGAAGUCAUAUAUGUCCCAAAUGCGCCUGAUAUCCUCGCCGGGGAAAAUACGGAGGUCAAUGCGCUGUUCUCUGGGACACAACCAACAACUCCCUGCUCAAAAGAAAUGGAUGGUCUGGCUUUCCACCUACUGAGAGUGCGUGACAGUUUUACGGCCAUCUCAUAUUGCCUACGCAAUAUGAUGUGGACAAUCGACAGGAACAACAACGUGGAAGAAAGCGAUAGCAGCAGCUAUACUUCCGGCGAGUCAUUUGAGUCCAAUGGUACCGGAGGUGGCCCAUAUCAGCAAACGGGACAAGACGGAGUCAAUCCGUUAACUGAAAGCCGAUAUAUCAUCUUGAUCAAGGCCAUGCUGAUCGAUGAACGACAUCUCCCCUUAGCUUGGCCCCAUUAA